AUGGAACAAAACAGUUGUUGCAGUGUCAGAGAUCCUUUUUUAGCGCCUUUAGAUAAAAAAGAUCUAGCAGAGGCGGCGAAAGCACAAUUUUUGCGAGAUCAUAGUGACCAUUUUGCCCUUGUGAGGGCGUAUGAGGGUUGGAAAGUGGCUGAACAUGCACUUGGUGGAUAUGAAUAUUAUACUGGUCUUGUCGAGGGCAAUAUGGUCAUUUUCAAUGCUUGGAGUUAUGACGAAAAUCUCAUUCGUUUAGUUAUCUGCUAUGGAUUGUAUCCCGGAAUUUCCUCCGUUAUCCAUAAUGAAAAGUCAUUCUCGCUGAAAACCAUGGAGGAUGGUCAGGUGCUUUUACACUCGAACUCGGUUGAUUACCGGGAUUUGAGUAUUCCAUUCUCGUGGUUGGUAUUUAAUGAAAAGAUCAAAGUGAACUCUGUUUUUAUCCAGGAUACGAAUGUUGUUUCCGAUUCCGUCUUGCUACUGUUUGGUGGAAGCAUCUCAAAAGGUGAUAUAGAUGGGCACUUGAAAAUGUUGGGAGGAUACUUGGAGUUCUUCAUGGAACCUUCAUUGGCUGAAAUGUAUCUCAACUUAAGAAAAGAGCUCGAUGAGUUAUUCCAGUAUAAACUAUUGAAUCCCAAAUUGGAUUUACCGAACAAGCCAGUUGACAAACAACAGUUUCAGUCAGUUUGUGAAUUCAGUGGCUUUUCUAAAUUGUCUCCUCCCGUUUUAUGGGAGAUGCAGACGAGAUUUACUUACUAUGUUUUAGCCAUACAGAAGAAAAGUACUAUUAUUCAUCAUUUUUAUCGUUCUCUGUGCACGAUUUCGGAGGGCACUAAAGUUGUCGACAUACGAAAGUCUAGGGAUUAA